AUGAAUUCCUUUUUUUUAUAUUUCAAAGAUCCAAGAGUGGAAUAAUCAUAUUAGAUUACCAAUUAGCAUUCUAAGAGGCUUACCACAUUUAUAUGUUUAAGUUUAGGAUUUAUAGUUGCUUUUAUAACUAAAGUAAUUUAAUCAAGUCAUGAAAAAAAUAAUAAUGGGUUUAUAUCGAAUUUAUCCAUGCUUAUAUAUUUAGUUGUGCAAAUAAUUUUCUUUUGGAGAAAUAAUUCAUAUCUCAGAUUGGGUAUCAUUUUAUUAAAUCAUUCUGUGACUAUAUUUUUUAUUGCCUUUGAGGAUAGAACAGGUGUUGAUAAUUAGAUGGCAAUGCUAUAAGGAGUUAAUUAAAUGGCAGCAACUUAUUUAUUGGUCUUGACUGGAGAAUACGUUGAUGGCAUGAUAACCAUAAUAAUACUUUAGAUUUUUAGAUUACUUUGGGGAAUAUUUAAAAGCGAUGGUAUGCAGUAUUCUGCACUCGUUACAUCAACUUUGCUUAUUCUAUACAUUAACUAUUAUAAUUAUUAGUAUAAUAAAGCAAAAAGAUCUUAAUACUUAUUAACUUUAGCUGACACAAGAUGGGAAGACAUUCUUAACAAGCUUCUGUUAUAACAAUCUUAUUUAAUUUUGUAGUUUUCAGAAGAGAAUUUACGCUUUUCUGUUAGGUAAAUUAGAAACUGUGAGAAACUCUUCAAAAAUGAUGAGGAGGCGUAUUUUUUCUUAAAAUAGGCCACUAAUUAAAACAAAAUUAUGUAGAAUGUUAUCUAUGGCUUUAUUAGAAAAUUUUAAAAAAACAAUUAAUAAACAUUCAAUAAUACGCUUUUAAUUAACUUUCACAAAAGAACUAUAAGAGCUGAAAUUUCAAUUUAUUAAGGAGAUAAACCAACUAUUUUAUUGUUAUUUAAAGAUUUUUUCUAUGAACGAAAAAUAAAUACUAAAGCAAUAUCAAUUUAAUAUUAAAAAAUGCUUAAAUUAAUAGUUAAUAUUCUGAAUCAGGUUAAUCAAUAUUCAUUUUGCUAAAAAAAAUAUUAAUCCAUUUAAAGAAAAUUAAUAUUUAUUCAUUUGAUGUAAAAUUUCAAAAGAAAUAUCAAAUUAAAAAAUAUUUAUCUUAAUGAUUUCUUAAAUAAUGUUAUUAAAUUGCAUUAGGAUGUUAAAAUCAUUACACAAUAUUAUUGUAAUCCAUCUAUAUAAACAUUGGUUAAUAUAUUAUAAAUUGUAAUUUUGCAAAUAUUUUAAAACAUAUAGAGCUAACAAAUUCUUAUAAGAACAGGUCAUACAAAGGAAAAUAAGAUUUUAUGUAUUUUUGAAGGGUAAUUUAAUUUAGAAAAAAUCAAACAAUUUUAAAAAUAUAUGGAAGUAUCAUUUCAACUGUUAUUUGAAUCUUAUGAAAUAAAAAAUUAAAGUAAAUUUACUUUAAUAAAUUUAGCACUUUUAUUCAUAUUUUCUGAUUCAAUCGAUAUUCCUUUCAGUAUAUAAUGA